AUGCAGAAGGUUCAGGCUCUUAAAUAUGGCGAAGAAGCCUGCUAUAAUGGCACAUUAAUUAUAAAGGCUUUCAGUUCAGGUUUAGAUAUUGGGGCAUGUAAUUGGACCAUGAAUAGUCCACGAGGAAACAGUGCAUAUCUUUCAGGCUCCGUUUUUGUGUCAGCAAUGGCCAUGGAUUUUGAUUAUCCUGCGCUUCAAGGAAGUGAUAUGAUUUUCUAUUCAGAUUUCUCAUCGUGGAAUGUUUCCCACAAUGUCGAGAGUGAUAAUAGCCCUUCUCCACCUACAAGUGAUAUAUCAAGUUUCAGUGAUACUGAUGAUAACUGGGAAACAAUUGCUCAAUCCUUGCUAAAUAAUGAUGAAGCGUCCGAGGAGAUGGAGAAAUUAGCUUUUGUAUGCUCAUGUGCCAUAGAUUCUGUUAAGGCUGGAGGUUCAGUCUUAAUCCCAAUUGGACGAAUUGGAAUUAUUUUGCAGCUUCUAGAGCAGAUAUCUUUUUCCCUUGAAUCCUCAAAUUUGAAGGUUCCCAUAUAUAUCGUUUCUUCUGUAGCAGAAGAAUUGUUGGCAUUCUCCAAUAUCAUACCUGAAUGGCUAUGCAAGCAGCGGCAAGAAAAGCUGUACUCUGGUGAGCCACUGUUUGCUCACGGGGCACUUAUCAAAGAGAAAAAGAUCCAUUUGUUUCCUGAAAUUCAUUCGCUCAAACUGUUAAAAAUUUGGCAGGAACCGUGUAUAGUAUUUUGUCCUCAUUGGAGUCUGCGGCUUGGACCUGUCAUUCAUCUGCUCCGACGUUGGUGUAUGGAUCAAAACUCUUUACUAGUUGUGGAGGAAGGAGUGGAUGACGAUUUGGCUCUAUUACCUUUUAAGCCAGUGGCAAUGAAGGUCCUCCAGUGUUCAUUUCUUUCUGGAAUAAGGUUGGAGAAAGUUCAACCGUUGCUGAAGAUUUUGCAGCCAAAAUAUGUUUUGAUUCCUGAAAAUUUGAGGCAGCAUGUUGGUUCUCCAGGCAAUACAUUUUCAUUGCAUUAUUACUCGGAAAAUGACACACUUCGUAUACCAAACUUGAAGGACAGUUCAGAAUUAGACAUUGUGACAGACUUGGUUUCACAGUUCCAUUGGAAGAAGUUGAAACACCAAGAAAUCAAUGUUGCACGAUUGAAUGGAGAACUCUUCACGGAGCAAGGCAAACAUCGGUUACUCCCUGGAAAUGAGCAAGUAGCUUCUUCAUUGAAUAGGCAACUGGUGCAUUGGGGUACCCUUGAUUUGGAAGCUCUUUCGAUGGCUUUACAGAAGUUGGGAAUCAAGGGAUCCAUUGAACAAAGCAUGAGUGAUGCUACUGGAUUAGAAAAUGCUUCUAUUGUGCAUGUUUUUGAGCCUAACAAGGCUUUGAUAGAAGUCAAAGCAACAAGUACUGUUAUUUCCACUGCUGAUGAGAGUUUAGCCUCCCUCAUUUGUGAAGCCAUUUGUGGCAUCUUGGAUGGCAUCUGAUAGAGGUUUCAAGUUUGUGUAUGAAUUAUUUUUGUUGUUUUUAUGCUAAUUACCGACAGAUAAUGACAGAAGUAAUGGUAUUUAAAUGGCUUAUGUUUUCAUGCUCUCUUUCUGUGUUUGGGUGUGUGUGAGAAGGGAUUUAUACUUUG